AAAACGGAACGUGUUUGAUAGCUCGGUUUGUUUGACGUUUUGUAUGGUUAUCUAAAAAUAUUCCAAAUUUCAAUUGCCUAAACUUAAUCGUUUAAGUUAUAGAAAAGUUAUAAAGUAGCUCUGUUCCUAUUUAUACAAAAAAAAUGUCUGCUCCAACCGAGUUAAGUUUCGAUGAAAUACUUAAGUUUAUGUUAGCACACAAUGGUAAAGUUACAAACCACGAAUUAGUGAAGCAUUUCAAAGUUUUUCUUAUGAAUCCUGAGAUGAGAGACGAAGCAAGAAGUACUUUCAAAAAGAACGUUAAUGCACUCGCUAUAAUAAAAACUCAAAACAAUGAGAAAUGGCUCAUACUCAAAAAGAAGUAUAUGCCAAAUAACGGUAAAGAUAUGGAAGAGGUCAGUGAGACUAAAGCUGAGUCACCACACGUGGGAUCUCUUGACACGCAAUUAGAGUCUGAUCCCCCACCACCUCCAAGGCCGCCGUUACCAGUUCAACUUAAUCAGGAUUUCAGUUUAUUGACUAAUCUUAUACAAGAUACUCAGUGUAAUCCAAUAAGCGAAACCCAAGAAAGUCUUGCUUCAGCACAAAGUGAAGAUGUACCACCAAAAGUCCAUCCGAGAAGAAGAUCUUCAGAAAAAAACUUGGAAAAACUGUCAAGCCCACAGACACAGUCUCACCGUACCUCUAUACCGAACAAUGAAAGUGUUGAGAUAUCUGAGACCUCACAAUCUACUUUGACUUCAUCAAGAAGUGAGAGCAUGCUGGUAGACAAUGAGCACAAGAUCUCAGUGAAGGAAAGAAAGCAAAUGUUCAAUCGAAUGGCCUCAGAAAGUGAUGUCUUGAAAUCAAAUAAAAUUGGUACAAGCUUCAGCACAAUGGGUACCGACGAGGAAGACAGGAUUUCGCUUGACCAGAAAAGUGAGACAGAUCCUUUGGAUUCCAAACAAAAGCAAUGGAUAUUGUGUGCCGCGAGAGGCGAGUAUCACGCUCUUGCUAAAAUGUGCAAAGAAAAUGUAAAACUUGUGAAGACCAAGGAUUUCGUUUAUUUCAGACUGCGAUGCAUUGGGCCUGUAAGCGAGGCGAUGAAAAUUUGGUGAAAUUGCUAGGAGGAGUCGCUAGGCAUGUUGUCAACGAACGUUCGGUGGGUACAUACAGCUCAACACGUGCCAAUAUAUGCAUAUAUAUUAGUCGCAAUUUCGACUUUGCUUCAUAUAUUUUGUGUUUGUUUUGCGUGUGCUCAUGUAUGAAGAAGUAUAUGAGAUUAUAACUCCGUUAUAACUACUCAUGUGAGAAGAUUAGAAUUAAAUUAAAAUUUUACAAA